AUGAACAUAAUUUUCGGAGUAAUUCUCUUGUGUGUAAAGCGGCUCUUAACUCAACAAAUAAUCAUACGCUAUAGUUUACAGAGAUGUUUCACCUGUCGAUCCAGGGGUGAAUUGGGGAGCUGUAAAGAUCCAUUCGUGGUAAAUGUGACGAUAGUUGAGGCAAAACAAGAAAUUGGUGUUCAAACUGUUCCUUGCGCUUCUGGUUGGUGCGGAAAAAUUGUCGAAACUGAAGAUACUGCCAAAGAAGAAUAUGGAGUAGCUACCCAAAGGAUGUGUCUGCAAAGGGGACCUUCAGAUAGCGAAGACCGUUGUGCUUACACCAAAUGGAAUUAUCGCAGGGUACUGAUGUGUUUCUGCAAAGGGGAUCUGUGCAAUUCGUCCAAGAAAUUGGAAGCUAAUUUUCUAGUUUGUAUUAUUAGUACAAUACUGUUUCAUAGUCUGAUAUGGUAGCAUUGAAAAUUUGGAUGCGAUGUAAAAUCAGUCGAUCAUGGUUAUCCAACAAUUUGAAAUGAUUGACUUAUUACAAUUUAAUUCGACAAACUUUCUCAAAAGUUAGUCCAAGACAAGUAAAAUUUUGUAUUCAGUGAGGUCAUAUUAGUUACGUCAUUCUACAUCAUGAGUGAUGUUCCUUAACUGUUCCAAUCGAAUAGCUCUUGUAAGGUGGAACAGGAUUUAUAAUAAUAUAUGGAA